GACUCACAUGACCGACCAACGCUGACUCUGGCGCGCCUCGCUCCAGCGUCAGACCCGGCCAUCGCUCGCUCCCUUCUGGGUGUCUGCUCCAGGUGGCCCUGAGGGCGUGCUGGCCGGGGGUGGCCCCAAGAGUAGGAGGCGGAGGCGCAGGGGGACCAGCCCUCUGCAGGUCUGCGGGUCCAAGUGUCCGGGCGGCGCACUCGCGGCGAGAAUCGGGAGGAAGACGAGACGGCAAGGAUAGGCCCAGGAGCAAUGGUGUCCAAAGAGAAACAAACAGUAAAAACUCUCAACAUGGAAAAUGUCCAACAGGAGAAUGAAGGAGGGGAACAGGCCCCAAUGCAGAAGGGAGAGGAACCACGCCAUUUGGGAGGAGCCGAAGUCCAGAAGCCUGGAGGAAAUGUUAGGCUGGGGUGGGUUAGGAGACUUGUCCCUAACUUUCGAUGGGCCAUACCUAACAGGCAUGUUGAUCACAAUGAAGUGGGAGAUGAUGUAGAAAAGAUCAUAGUGCAGCGAAUGAAAAUCAAGAGAAGGACUAGGGAGCAGCAAAUGAGACAUCAUAUGCGCUUCCAAACUCCUGAACCUGAUAAUCAUUAUGACUUUUGCCUUAUACCUUGAAUCCUAAGGUUUUCCCAGAGGUUAAUAAUGUGGCUUCUGCUCUACAAUCUUGUAGUUUUGUGAUUUACUUUUCUGUAAACCUUUUAGUGUUUCCUCUUACCAGUUUCUAAUUGAAUAUUGUUUUCUCUCAGUGGAAAACUUUCUGUCCAGCAGGACAAUUUCACCUAGUUGUGAGGGAAAAUAUUGUUUUCAUAAUGUGAAAUUAAUAAAGCAGUUUAAAAAACAA